UAUAACACUAUGAUAAUGAAUUAUUAAAUCCUAUUGAUAUCGAUCUCACGAAUAUAAUGAAAAAAUAAAUACAAGUUAUAAAUCAAAUUACAAAUUAUAAUUCUAUACAGCAAUACGUCAAUGGACUCUCAUGGACGUGUCUCUACAAAAGAGUUUUUUUAAAUCAAUGAAGAGGUAGAGAGAGAAAGUUUACAUCCAUUGAUCGAUGAAUUAUUUUAUAAACACAAAAUAUAAAUAGAAUUGCAUUUUUUAACGUUAGAUGUGCAUUCUACGAUUAAUACGAAUGACAAAAGAAACAACUGAAGGAAAAAUUGCAAAUUUUUAAGUGUAAAGCCCGUCGUUUACAAAUAGUUCCGCCUAAUGAUCGCAUUCUAUUUAAUUGAAAAUUAUUUGGACCCGUAUAAAUAAGAAAUGGUAAAGAAACUUCAAUGGUUGCUGCGUACUUGUCUCUUCUUUGCAGUAUCAAUGAAAAACCAUUAGAAUAUUGGGGUAAACAUCAAUCGCAGACAGGAUGCAUUCGUAAGAUUUUAGAUAGCGAUUUACUCGACAAUGUUAUAGAAAUUCAGGAUAUUCAACAAUCGAACAUUUCAAAAACAUUAAUAUCCUGUCCACCUAAUAUAACCCAACUUUUGAACGUUGGAUUACCCGUUCUUGUUAUUAUAUUAAAAAAUUUUGACGCAGAUUGUCGUUUUCAAAUUCAGGUUAUAGAUGCGGAUAAUAUACGUCAUCAUUUUCAAUUUUAUACCGGUGAUUUGGAAAAAAGUCGAAACGUCAGAGAUCCUGUUAUUUGUCGUGCUAAGAUUCAACUUCAAUCUGGUUGGAAUAAAAUAGAAUUAAAUUUGAAAACAUUAACAGACAUUGCAUUUAAGUCACAGUAUAUAGCAACGCAGAGAUUAGAAAUCUGUGCCAAUUGUCGAUUACGUAGGAUAUAUUUUGUAGAUAGGCAUUAUAAUGAUUCUGAAAUUUCAUUGGAUUUAUAUCAAGGAUUUCUUGAUUUAUACAUGUUAAAAUGGGGUAUAUAUCGAAUAGAGAAUGCAACGCAAACUACAAACUUAAAACAGAAAAAAACAAAUCUUAAGAAUAACAAUAAUAAUAAUAAUAAUUACAAAGAAUAUCAAAACCUUUUAAAUGCGGAUAACAUUGCUAAUUCUAAUGAGUUAUAUUAUAAUAACAAAAUAAGUAAUUCAUUCGUACAGACCCAAACCGAUGACCGUCCAAAAGAUGUUAAUUCCAAAUUAAUAAAUAAUAUAAGAAUGAAAUCAAAUAGUUUAAUAGAUGAAUUUUUUAGCAGACAACGUCCAACUUCAUUAUCCGUUGCUAAUUUCAAAGAUCAAAUAAUAAUAAAAUCAUAUGUUGUACCAAUGCAUAUUAAUAAAUCGCAAAAAAAAGAGAAAUGGAAUGAUAUUAAAUUGUCUAAUUGGAAUAAAUUAAUAGAAGAAACCAAAGAUACAUCUAAUAUCCCAAUAUCUCUAGACAUGCAAAAAGAAUAUAAUGAAACAUUUAAUAAUCAGCAACAAAAAUAUAUUUUAAAGUCUAAUAACUUGGAUGAAAAAUGGACGUAUAGGUAUCUUUAUGAAGGAAAGCAUUAUUUAAAAACUAAUGAUAUAACAGAAAACGAUAUGUCAGACGUUCAAAGUAUUUCUUAUAAGAACAAUUCUAAUUUUAUAUUUCCAAUAUCACAAAAAAUCAACAAUAAUGUAAUGAAAAUCACUGAUGUUCAAAAGAAUGUUCAAAAAAAAAGAAAAGACUAAAAUCUCGUUGAUUUUGCAAUAAAAUUAUUAAAAAAUUCAUA